AACAGCCGCGGAUCAGUAGCGGACUGUAAACGCGUCCUGUGUGAAAGCACAAUGAGUCCGUGCUGCUUCUGCAUCACGUAACGCAAACGACUGCAUACGCACUGCAGACGGAGUAUGCGUGAAACAGGUCACGCAUGAAAGCGGACGUCGUGGUUUUGUACUUUCAUUUCUGAAACUUUAAGAUAAUGGCCUCAGUCACAGUUCUCCUCCUGAUUUCAUCUGUUUUCCCCGCUCAGGGUGAAAUAUGUUCUCUGUAUUACACAUAUAGCGCCAUACUGAAAUCUCUGAGCUCUCGAGACAUUUAUGAAUUUUACAGCUCAGUCGAACUCAAUGACAUACAGAUGAAUUUCUGUAACAGUGUGAAUAAAGCAGAUUUCUUGAUACAGUUGUGUGAGGAAUCUGAGAGACUCUUUAGAAAUGAAACUGAUGAUUUGAAUUAUAAACGAGAGUGGCUUCAGAUCAACAUAAACGCACUGAUGGAAAAUGGAAAUGAUAACAGGACAAGCGUCACAGAUCUUCAUAUUCUUCAGUGGAGACACGGCUGUGCAGCUGAAUGUCACUCUAAUGGUUUAGUAACAUUUCUUCAAGGCACUGAUGAAUACGCCUAUAAUGGAGAGACCUUGACCUUUAACCUCUCUAAGCACUGGAAACCUUUAGUCCUUGAGCACGGCAUCAUCUGGAACAGAGAAUCAGUUUCCCGCCUGGAGAGGAAAUGUGUGGAAACGUUAACCAGCCUCAGUGAACUUCAACGAGAGGGAAAGGUCAUCAAGAAAGCUCUACCUGAUAUUUACUUCUUUGUAAAAGCGUCUGGAUCUUCAGAGCAGCAGGUUCUGGUGUGUUUGGCCACAGGCUUCUACCCUAAACAUGUGCAGAUGGAGAUCAGACGCGAUCAGACACGGUUACCUGAUGAGCAGCUGAACUCAAGUGGAAUCAGAUCAAACGCAGACGGAUCCUUUCAGCUGAAGAAGAGCCUGAAGAUCCUGCCGUCUGAAAGAUCUCGCUAUCAGUGUGUGGUGACUGAAUGGAUUCUGCCCAUCACAUAUAUGGCCUAUAGAGGUGGAGUCCUGCUGUACAUUGUAAUUUUAGUCAGUUUGAUUGUUGUUCCCAUUGUUCUCACAAUUUAUCUACUGAUAAAAUAUAUUAAACAUCCAAAAAAGCAGAAAACACCGAAGACACCAUCACAAGUGAAACUGUUGAAAACACGUGCAGAUUUGGCUGCUGCUUUAAAUGCUUCUUCAGAUGAAGAAAACGCCACAGAUGACAGUAUGGAGGAGGUUCAGAUUGAGGAGCUUCAUGAAACUCAAAGUCUUUGUGAGGCUAAAGAGACUCCAGCAGCAGCUCGAGGUGCAAUGGGCUCUAAAAACAUCUCUCUGCCUAAUUUUGCCAUGAAGAGAGAAGAUACCGAUCAGAACACUGUGACUCAGAAUGCACUCUUGUUACCACUGCAAAGGAACUGCAGAUCCAAGACCAUUUCAAUGCCAGCUCUAGCUCUAGAAAGAAAGGACAACAGUGACUCCAGCUAGAAGAUCAAGUGAUAUCUCAUGGGUGUUUUGAUGAUUUUCCAUCAUGAAUGUCAAAAGCACAUGAACAUAUUAGUCAUAUGUGCUUCAUAUUUACUUUCCACAACAUCCACACAGCUUCCACUCUAUAAAUCGGUCAGAAACUGGAUUAUCCAUAUAGGCAUGUGCAGUGUCAUUCUCUAGCAUGAAAUUAAACACUUUCAUUGUGUCGAAACCUUACCGUUUUUUUUAUUUAAGAUAAAAUACAGCCAUUGUACUGGUAUCAUUAAUUUGAAAUUGGAUUUUUAUUUGCAUAGAAGAUCAUAAUGAAUCUAAAUAUAUUGAGAAUUCUGUGUGUUACUGUAAGGUUGUUAUCAUCAUUUACAUGUCAUAAUUUAGCUGACACUUUUAUCCAAAGCAACUUAUAUGUUCUUUGGAUUCGUUUACAGACUCAGGGUUCCCAUUGUUAUGAAAAAAAAAAAAAUUUGAAGUGUCUGGUGAUUUUAAAAUUGUGAUGUCCUUAUUCUAAGAAUGAUUCAGUGUGGAUUUUACAGCAGUUAACAAAGUAAGAGUUGGUGUGUUUUUUUGUUAUUCAAGAGCUUUUAUAAAUGGAGCAGUGUUUCUAUAUUGCUUUCUUAAUGUAAGCAGCAGAGGGGCAGCAUGAUCAUGUGUGCAUUCUGUGAAACCCAUGAAGCUUUGUGUCUGCUUUUAGUCCGGAUUUGUACUUGUGAUCUGCAUAGCCUAGUGUUCACAGAUGUAUUAACUUAUCACUGUAUCUUCAGUCAGUUGCACCGAUCGACUGCUGAAAUGUCAAAUUUGAACCCAACUGUUUGCAUUUAUAUAGAAAUAACCCAAUAAAGGUUGAGAAUAACCCAUCAAGA